UCAAAGAAAGGUUUAUCACUUGAAGAAAAGCGCAAACGACUUGAAGACAGUUUUCAUGAAUCGGGCGAGUUUUAUCAGUUGAAGGAAAUUGAAAAGAUGGGACAAAAGAAAGGCGUCGUAUUGCAGUCAGUCAAAGAAGUGCUUCAAGGUCUGGUAGAUGAUGGACUAGUGACUACUGAUAAGAUUGGCACGUCAAACUACUUUUGGUCGUUCCCAUCCACUGCUGCCAAUGCGGUGCAAAACGAACGUGACAAAAAGGAGCAAUUACAAAAGGCCAUUGAAGAAGCCCGAUCCGGUCGUGAACCAACGCCCGAACGCGACGAAAUUCUCCAGAAAUAUCAUGAAGCACUCCGUUUAAAGGACAAGUUGCAAGACGAAUUGAAGCAAUAUGUCGAUAAUGAUCCUGAAACAUACCGAGCCAAAGAAAAAGCAGCUGUCAUUGCCAAAGAAGCCGCAAACCGAUGGACAGAAAACAUCUGGACGAUAGAAGGUUACUGCGUCAACAAGCUUAAUGCAAAUCGUCAGGAAAUCGAACAGAUGUUUGGCAUAGACAGUGAGCUGGAUACGUUUCCUUAGGUGGCCCCAUCGUUUGUGUUGCAUUGCAUGUGAACUGUCCGAUAUAUCUCUUUUUUUUUAAUACAUAUCCCACCGUAAUAGUGUAACUCCUGCUCCUCCUCCUCCUCCUCCUUUCUCUUU